AUGGGUUGGCCGUGGGAAUUCGCAACUCUGUCCGUUGCCGAGAAGCACGAGAGGCGCCGGGUGCUCGACCGGUAUGGCACGUAUGCCCAACUCUCGGCAUUCGUCCCGCUACUGGUGAUUCUCGUGAUCCGAUUUGGCAGAUUUGUGUUCAGAAGGAUCGCCACUCGCAAAGUCGCGUACGAUGUCGUGCCAACUUCGCCGGUUGCGAAGUGCGCGAGACUGAGCACGGCUGGCUCGUGGGGAACCAUCGGUAGGCGGGUGGCGUGGUGGCUCGGGGAUGAUGUCGAAUUUGCCGGGCAGAACUGGGGCCGGAGAGACCAGCUCGUAUUUGGAGCCGGGUGGGCCGUUUGGUUGCUGUUCUUAUGUGUGGUCGGAACUGGGAGUGACUACUUCCAUCUCACCAAACGAUUCGGCAUCAUCGCCACCUCCCAAUUCCCAAUCCAGUAUAUCCUAGCCUUAAAAUCCAUCAAUCCCGUCGCCUUCGCCUUCCGCUCCUCCCACGAACAAAUCAACCGCUGGCACCGAGUCCUGGGCUGGAUAACCUACGUCCUCCUCUGCUUCCACGGCCUUCUCUACAUCAACUAUUACAUCCAAGCCGGCAUUUUGGGUGAGAAGCUCCUCGCCCGCAUCGUCAUCAUCGGCGUCGUCUCCCUCCUCGGCAUGACCCUCAUGACGACGACCGCAUUCGCAGUCAUAAGGCAGUACUCCUACCGCCUCUUCUUCGUCACGCAUCUCGUCGUCGCCCUGGCGCUGCCGCCUGCCAUCUUCUUCCACGUGAGCCAUGCGCGAGUGUAUAUGGUCGAGUCCCUCCUCGUAUUCAUCGUGGACCUUGCCGUAAAGAAGUCCGGCACCGUCACGGCUGAGACAGCCGUCGAGAUGAUCCCCGGCACGAAUCUCAUCAAACUUGUCGCCAAGGUACCGCCACUGAAGGCGGGGCAGUUUAAAGACCACGCAGCUUCGCACAUUUACAUGAGCAUCCCGCCUUCCGCGCGGCCAAGUUCGAAUCCAGCUUCCCUGGCGCACAUGCAGUUCGAGUUCAUGUUCAACCCCUUUACCGUGGCUGCAGUGGACGAAGUAUCUGGGGAGAUUACCCUAAUUGCACGCCAACUCAAGGGUCCCGUCUCUCAAACCCUAGCCCGAUUCGCCAACGUCGGGCCAGACAGCAAGAUGCCCAUCUGCCUCGAAGGCCCCUACGGAAUAUCGAAGCACUUCACCACCUCGAUCGCCACCUCUUUCGACCGAGUGCUCCUCUUCACCGGCGGCGUGGGCGCCACGUUCAUCAUGCCAAUCUACCAGUACCUCAAUGAAAACUCCGCCGCUCACGUGGACAUGAUCUGGGCCGUCCGCGAAGCGGGAGAGGCUACUUGGCCUGUGACGGGGACUGAGAAGAGUAUCAUCGAUGAUGAUAACAUCAGCUUGUACCUGACGGGUAGCAUGUUUGAUUCUUUUGACGGGAAUGGAGGAGCAGGAACUAGCUCUAGUUCGAGCCGCGAGAGCGAAGGGGUCGAGUUGAGUCACAUGUACAAGGAUCGCCAGGGCGGCAAGCAUACUUCGAUGCAUAGCCGGAAGAGGCCGGAUUUGCAGAAGAUUGUUCAUGAUGCGUUUAUGAGGGGACAGGAGGAGCGGGUGGCUGUGUUGGUGUGCGGGCCGGAGGCUAUGGGACGGGAGUUGAGGAGAUAUGUUGGAGUUUGGGUUAAUAAGGGGAGGUAUGUUUGGUGGCACAAUGAGAGUUUUAGCUGGUGA